AUGGCAAUCGGCGGCGAGAACAUCAGCAACGACCUGAUCUGGGAGAUCACCCGCGGCAACAAUGCCUUCCUCGUGAAGCGCAAGCAAGCCGGCGGCGUCCAGUUCUCGCGCGACCCUCUCAACUUGGUCAACAAGCACUCCCGCAAGUACGAGGGUUACGUUAACGCACAGGCCAUCGGCAUCCAACCCGACAGCAACACCAUAACCCUCACAACCAAGACCUCAUCCGCCAACAAGCCCGCAAAGCUCUACCAAACUUCCUCCUUCAACGCCUCAACCCCAACCCGCAAGCUCUACAAGUCCGUCGUCAACUCCACCGCCAAGAAGGGCUACCGCUCGGAUCUGCGCGCCGAGGCUGUCGCUCGCGCAUCCGCUGUGAGGAGCUCACAGAGGGAGAAGAAGCAGCGUUCUACUGAGACCAAGUUGAGGGGCGCUAAGGCGAGGAAGGCCGAGGAGUCGUCGUAG